CUACUGUGGGUGCUUUGGGGCUGAGUAACCAGAUUACAGGUAAGCCUGUAGAGGCAUCAAACAAGGUAAUCUGGCAGUGACAGAGUUUCUCUCAACAUGAAUCGAUCAUUGUUCGCUUUCUGUUGUGUUCUGUUGAUGUUUGUGUUGGGUGUGCUCUACAGCAUAUCUUCCAGGACAGUCAUCACCCUACCCGAUAACAUGUUCCCUCCGAUACUGCGACUGAAAUGGCAUUAUGAGGAGACGGAGGCCCCAUCCUUACAACCCAGGACUACAUCCCUUCAGGAACACCCCUCAGUGAUCUUCGUGGAAUCCACAGACACUCUCACCCCACAGCCCCUAGUCAUCUGCGCUGUGGAAUCGAGCGCCCGAAUUUACCACAACUGGUCUGUCACUUUCUUUUUAAGGGGUCUCAAAAACCGGACCUGCUUGCAAAAUAAGAGGGAGUGUCCCGGUCUAAGUCUCCUUGCUGAUCUACCAAAUGUGCACAUUUUACCUUUAGACCCAAAGGUGGUCCUGGAAGGUACUCCGUUUAUGACUUGGUUUGAUGAGGACAAACUACGUAAAGAGACCCACUGGAUUCGAAUCACUUCAGAUGCCUACAGACUUGCAAUUAUGUGGAAUAGCGGUGGUUUAUAUUUUGACACUGAUGUUAUUACCAUUAAGCAAGUACCUAUUGAAAAUAUUGUAGUUAGCGAGUCGAACGAGUAUGUCAGUAGUGGAGUAUUUGGAUUUCAUAAGCACCAUCCAUUUGUUAUGGAAUGUAUGAAAGAUUUUGUUCAAAACUACAAUGGUGCCAUUUGGGGGCAGCAAGGCCCUCUGCUUCUGACACGAGUGAUAAAGAGGGCAUGUGCUCUUCCUCAGUUCAGCAAAUUGCAAGAUUUUUCAUGUGAUGCCAAAAACCUGACAUUCAUGCACCCAACCCGUUUUUACCCUAUUGACUGCUCACAGUGGGAAAAAUAUUUUCAAGUCUGGGAGAAAAUCCCAGAUUUCUCAGAUUCUUAUGGUCUACAUUUAUGGAAUUACAUGAACAGAAACCAAAUAAAGAAAAUGAUUGUUCCAGGAAGCAACACCUUGGUGGAAAAUCUGUUUAUAAAGUACUGUCCAAGCACUUAUGAUGUCCUUAUAAAAAAUGGGAAAUAAUAACAGUGUGCUUAUUUAUAAGUAAAGUAAGUAUUCCACUGAAGAACAAAUAAUUAAAUGUUAAUCACCUGCUAAUCACACCUAUGUCUCUACUACAAACAGUAACCUGUAAAUGAUUCAUAUCCCAGUCCCACGCUUACACUUACCACAGGUGUCAGAACCUGUCAAAGAUUUGGGAUGCAUCGUUAGGUUUAAAAAGGCCCUUGUGGUCAUUAGCCUACUAAACACAUAUGAACCUAUGAACACCUAAAUAUAGAGUAUUUAAAACAAAACUUAAACAAGAAUGCAGUUCACAUACAACUACAUACAACUAAUUUUUAUUUAUGUAACAACAACAACAAGCAUUUAACAGUAGUAAAAGCCGAAAGACACAACAACAGUUUCUGUGCAUGUCUCUGUUUCACACCAAAAAUAUUUUAGAGCUAUAUACUCAAUAAAUUAUAUUGCAGAAGCAUUGUCAAACCCAUGGGCACAGUCAGUUGUAUAAAUAGGAAGUUAUACAUUAGACACAAAGACAAAGGAAACACUCAAGAGAUAGAUAUAAUGGUAAUCAGCAACCACAAAAGUGCAAACCACUGGCUUCUGACAUGAAUACUACGUGCCAACAACACUCAAGGAACAUGUGUAAGCUAAGCAUAUAUGAUUGCAGCUGCUUGUAGUACAUACAGUACUCAACCAGCAUCCCAAGCUAAGAAGUGUACUGAUAUGGAACUGCAAGCUCAUGAUUUACUGUACAUUAUUCUCUGUUGCAGCCUGGACAUUAGUAAGUAAAUUUGUCACACUGUGGUACCACUAUAAUGUGUGGAAAUGUGUAUGAGAGCAACAGUUAUACUGUCCCAUAAUGCAUCAUAAUUAUAUAAACCAAUCAGAACAGCUUAUUAGAAUGAAAAGGCAAUAUACAAAAAAAAAAAUCUAAAAGGUUUAGGAUUUUUGGAUGGAAGUGUUUGUAUAAUUAUGUUUUAAAUCUCAAGUACUUCAAAGAAUUUUUUUUCCCACAGGCAGACAGUCAAGUAUGAUAGGAAAGAGAAAGGUACUUGGCAACAUGUUUAUGGAAAUUCAAUGUGUUAGUAGAUUUUAGAAAUUCCCUGCACAGUACUUUUGUCAGAAAUUAUUCUAGCAAAGGAAAUGUUUCUUUUGAAACCGUGUCUAGAAACUGAAUUGCCUAGACGUAAUAACACUCUGCUCAGUUCAAUGCUAUUGGUUAUUACUUGAAAAUGGAAAUCAAAAACUAAACUAAUUGCAACAAAAUUAUUGAAUGUUGUGAAGGAGGUAAGAGAAUUGGAAGUGGGAUCUUUAGAAAAGUAGAGGUGCAAACUACAGAGAAAUUAAAGAAAUAUGUGGGAAGACUACAUACAGAAUGAUGUUCCCGAGGAAGAGGAAUGACAUUUCAGGACAGACCUUAGUAAUGUUUGUAAUGUUAAAGUGAAUAAUAAUUGUUGCUAUAUAUGCAGAAUGCAUGAAAAGGAAAAGAGUGGUUUGCUUUCUCUUUUUAAUUGAAUGUGUACCCCUGUUACUAUGUAAUAUGUCAUGUUAAUAAAAGGGUUAAAAAUUAUAUGACAGUCCCAUAGAACAGGGUGCCCACUGGUGAGGGUCUUCUAUAAGUCAAUGGCUAGACCUCCAGCAGCUGAAUAAUAUGGACAAUCUGCCGGCAACAAGGAAUGUGUUUGCACAUUCAAAGACCUCAGUCUUAAUAUUGACAUCAUGUAUAUAUUGCAUACAUGCUUGUUGUGACAGCACUGAACACAAGAGGUAUACUCCAUUGAUUCAUAGGUGCAUGGGUAAUUACUAUGCUAAUAAUGCUUGGGGGGGGGGUAAGUCUAGCCAUGCUUUUCAGAUGUGAGAAUCAAACCCUGUAUCUUGUGUCCAUUAACUAAACCCCUUAACCAUUAUAUCAACUCCCCAUCCCCUAGGUAAGUCAUAGUUCCUUCCUUCUUUUUUCUGGUUCAGUGGUUAAUCAAACAUUAUUUGGUGUCUGAAUAAGUUUCUAUUAGCGAUGUCACUAGAUGCACUAAAAUCUUAACAGUGUGUGUUUCAUAUCACAUUUAAGUUGAGAUGAGAAUGGUUCUUAAGAUGAUAUAUAUCAUGAAACAAGAAAUAAAUAUAUAAGGCUUUUCUUUUCCCUAAGAGUCACUGUGUAGAAUAUGCAAUUUAUGAAGCAAUAUUUGUAAAAUAAUGAUGUAGAUCACUGUGAUAACUGUUAUACUGAUUGUUUUUGUUUUAAUAAAGAGAAAUAAACAAAAAAAAA